AUGUCGCAGCUCUUCAAGCGCUUGUCGUCGACCAUAAACAUUAAGCCCCUCCCCUCCAAGACCCACCUCCACCGUGUUCUCCCAGAUAGCUCGUUCCCUGCUGGGUAUGCAUUGACUGGCCUUCAUGCCGGCGUCAAGAAGAAGAGUGGUGUCCUCGACCUAGCCAUUAUUAUAUCGACUUCCAAGCACCCAACAUCAGCUGCUGCUUGUUUCACGCGAAAUGCUUUCAAAGCUGCCCCAGUUGUAGUCUCCGACGAAAUUCUUUCACGGAACGGGGGCAGAGCGCGCGGCCUCGUUGUAAACAGCGGUUGUGCCAAUGCUGUUACGGGACGCCAGGGUCUUGAAGAUGCCUGGGCCAUGGUCAACGAGACGGACAAACUCUUACCGCAUUCAACUUCUUCCCAGAGCCAUAACACACUGGUUAUGAGCACGGGAGUCAUCGGACAACGCCUACCAAUCCAGUCAAUCAUAAAAGGCAUUCAAUCUCAGGCAUCUGCUGACUCGACUCUUGCUUCUGAUUUCGCUGCUUGGGAGCGAGCAGCAAAAGCAUUCAUGACUACAGACACCUUCCCAAAGCUUAGGUCUCGCUCUUUUGAGAUCAGAGGCACAAAAUAUCGUAUUGCUGGCAUGGACAAAGGCGCUGGGAUGAUCCAUCCUAACAUGGGGCCUGCAAGCACUUUACAUGCGACACUAUUGGGCUGCAUUCUCACUGACGCGGCCAUUUCACCUCCAAGUCUUCAAAAUGCCCUGACCUACGCGAUGGACCGCAGCUUCAACUGCAUCAGUGUUGACGGUGAAAUGUCGACCAACGACACAGUAUUGGUUCUGGCUAAUGGCGCUGCGGCACCAGACCAAGUCGAAAUCGACGAAGUCACAGAUAAAGAGGGGUUUGAGAUCUUCAAAAGGGAAUUAACCGCCUUCGCAGCUGAACUAGCCCAGUUGGUCGUUCGUGAUGGCGAAGGAGCGACCAAGUUUGUCACAGUCAACGUCAAGGGAGCCCCGACCUAUGAGGAUGCGCAUCGAAUUGCGUCGCGAAUAUCCACAUCGGCUCUGGUGAAGACUGCACUUUAUGGAGAGGAUGCCAAUUGGGGGCGUGUCUUGUCUGCAACGGGCUCUGUUCCUCUCUCUGGCCUCGAUCCUCAAAAAGUUAGUGUCAGCUUCCUGCCGUCUGACGGUUCUGCGGCAUUACCAGUGCUUGUUAACGGAGAGCCUGAAAAUGUUGACGAAGGACGGGCAAAAGAGAUUCUCAGUUUGGAAGACUUCGGGAUUUGUGUAGAGCUUGGUGCAGGUAUGGAGGAAGCCACAUACUGGACCUGUGAUUUCAGCUAUGAGUAUGUGCGAAUCAACGGGGACUACCGCAGUUGA